GUUUCAUAUUUGCUAUACGAUACAAUAGAUGGAGUAAACGUGCGUGCAUACAAGCUUUAUUAUUUAAAAAGUACAAACCAUUGACAAUUAAGCGGAUAUCACUUCAAUUGUGAGGACAUCCUUGAUGGUUGUGUAGUGUUUAUAAAACCAAAGCUGUGGCUACAGGUCUAAUUCCAGGAAGAUCCGGAAGAUCAUGUCGCCAUCGAUUAUUUAUUUAAGCUCCAUGCAUGUAAAUAUCACCGUUAUUUUAAUGCCAUGUCACACCAUUUAUAAAGUGAACGGUUAGGCAACUUUCACUUUCGACUUAAAACCGAGGAUAUACAUAUUUAGAUCGUAGAUGUUAUGUUAAUACGGAUGAAAGCACUGUGAUAUUAAAACUGCACAGUUUUUGCAGGGUGAUAUCGACUCGUGAGGGCACCAUUCUCGGCAAUAUUCAUCUGCCGUGUCAGUUUGAGGGUCAACAAUAUUAUUAUCGUCACUGGGCAAAACAAAAAUCGCUGCCAUGGUAACGUCGGAGUGCGCGUAUUUCGCGGGUGCUGUGGUGGUGUUGACGGCGGUAUGGGUUUGGGUGCUCCGGAGCCAGCCGUUUGAGUUCUUGGCGUACGCAAUGUUCUUUCCCGGGGCCGCCGCCUUCGCAUGGAGCGCAUGGAAAGGCUCCAUCGGCAACUUCCUCUGGACCAUAUCCGGGUUCGACCAGCCGCUGCUGAGUGCGGGGUUCAGCUUGAUGUCCGUCUGUAUUGUGCUGGGGCUGGUGCAGGCUUGUGCCCUUGUCGCCAGGGGGCUGGGCUGGGCACAGAGAGCGGAGGUGCAGGGGGCGGCGAUCCACCGCCACAACCGGAACUACGUAAUGGGCUUCCUGCGGGCGGCGGGGGAGGAGGUCGGCUGGCGCUGCUUCUUGCUGCCUUGUCUCUUGGAUGUUUACAACUACAGAUACGACCAGGCGCUUGUAAUCAGCGGUCUGGUGUGGGGUCUAUUCCACGUACCGGUGAUGGCGCUGUUGACGAGGUUGAAGCGCCCCGACCAGCCUUACGCCACCGUGACCGUCCAGUGCCUCUCCUGUCUGCUGGCGGCAUUCCCUCACGGUUGGGUCGCCAUCAAAACCGGUCACAGCCUAUGGGGCGCGAGUGUUAUGCAUUGGUUUUGGAAUAUCUACAACCCACGUACCCUGGGCAGCAUUUACACAAACACGCCAGGACGAUAUUGCGGUCCGCAGUGGAAAAUUAACGGCGAGGGACUAGCGGGCUGCAUCGUCCUCGCGCCCGUUGCGAUCUUGGUCUGCUGGGAACUGGCGAACCCCAUCUUCUAAACAGUCGCGGCGUAUUUACAGUUUGUUUUGUUAGACGAUUGCUCACGGAUCCAUGUGUGGUCAUGAUAAAAAACAACAGUGCUUGGCCGUGGAAGGGAGUUCCAUUUAUGUCGAAAAAAACACUGAACCAGACUUGGUUCGUUUGAUUGCCUUUCAUUUCCUGCGGCAUGGAUUGAGAUACAAUUAGGAUUUGAUGUGAGGAAAUGCUGUGCUUGCAGUAGCUUAUGGCUCACGGUGUGGUAUCGGUUGAACGGUAAAUAAGUGACAACACACGGGCAGAUAAAGAGGAUUAUAUCUUUAGAUUGUGGUUUCAAUUGUGUAAUAUAUACAUACACGACUAUUUGCAAGCAGCGAAGUUGCUUGUAGUACUUGGACAACAUUUACAUAUUAGAUCGACACUUAUUUUUUUCAGAAGUAAGCUGUCUGCAUAUCAACACUGGGCCAUCCAUGGCACAGGAGUGUGGAUGCCGGCGGUGAAACUUAUACUAGUAUGUUAAUAAGGUUUCUACUUCUUGUUGUGUUGGUUAUUAAACAGACUCAAAGGGAAUAUAUGUCUGCCUUCAGUCGAA